UGAAUCAGUACUCAAUACUAACUAACUUCUCGUAUCAACUAACCUUCAACAAAAUGGGAUGCUUAUCGACAAUUGAAGCUCCACUAUGUGCUGUCAUCACUGUCAUAUGCCUAGUCGGUGGACUCUACUCAACUGCAUACAAAGUUGCCGGAUCAAAAACGGUACUCGACGAGACUGCUUUGGAUACUAAAGAUAUGUUGAUGACCGCAUUGGCACUCAUGUCACUCAUUGGACUCUGCUCAACUCGUCGUGCAUUUGGUGUCUUCACUCUUCUCUUCAUGCUCCAUGCAUUUGUAUUCUCAGCACUCCAUCUUGCACAUACAAUUGCACUCUUCAUUAAAUCACUCGAUUCUCCAUGUCAAUAUCUGAAAACUCCCUCAACUGGAACACUCAAUUCGGAUAUCUGUCAUGCUGUUAAUGGAGUUACUCUGGUGUGUGCAGUGAUUUCAAUGAUUGCUACUGCUCUUGCCAGUAUGGCCGUCUUCAUUCGUCUCACUACAGUCGUCGUCAAAAUUUCGGAUAUGAGAGUUAUGGCAACAAGUCGUUCAUUUGACAACUCAAUGCCACAAUUAAUCAGUAGAAAGUCAAUUGAAUCGGAGAAAGAAGAAGAUUGUUUGGAGACACCAAGAAGAAAAAUGGGACAAGCUGAUAUCUUUGUGUGAUUUUGAUUCAUUUAAUAAAUGUUUCAUUAACCCUUCCGAGUAGCAAGAAUAUACAUUUUAAUAAACGGUGUCACAACAACUCAGC